CCACAUGAUGCGGAAACUUCACAUACUUGACGGGCUCCGGUGUACAAUGAAAGAUGUUAUUUUAGGAAAAAGUCAUAACACGCAAACAUCUGUGGGGUGGAUAACCUUCCUACACAGACAAGAGGAGCUGGACAUGCACAGAUGUUUUGCUGUUGGGGAACAGUUCACACUCCCCCCUCUUGGAAAGGAGCCUCUGCAGUGACUAUUGGAUUCCCCAGUAAAUCAUUAACCGGACCAGUCUGAGGACUCUUUUCAUAACAUCCUCACAUAGACAGCAACAGAUGAAAAUAACGUCAUCGUCACUGUUCAAGACCCCUUUUUAUACAUCGAUGUCUGAAGAAAACAACAGAAAUACAGUGUUGAUGUCACAGACUGAUUGAAUUCCUUUUCCAACCCCUCUGGCGUCCAGCACAUGAUAACAACAACCCAGAUUAAAUCAACUUCAGGGAAGAGAAGUUGACCAUUAACCUCCCCUACUGAUUGCAAGCACCUCUCCACAUGUAAGCAGCUGCUUCUGUACGGAGAAACCUGAGGCAAAGUUCACUGUCAGGGGCAGCAGAAGUCUCUCAAACAGCAGGAGCUUGCUCCCUCCUCUGGAUUUGCACUUUUUUCUUCCAGUUUCUGCAAUUUUUUUAAAGGACUAAAUCUGCAGCCAUGGCUACAGCAAGUUAUGGAUACUACAGAGGCACUAUAUUUCUGGCCAUGUUUGUAGGCUACACACUGUACUACUUUAACAGAAAGACUUUCUCCUUUGUGAUGCCUUCUCUAAUGCAAGAAAUUAAGAUGGAUAAGGAUGACCUGGGCAUGAUCACCAGCAGUCAGUCUUUGGCCUACGCUAUCAGUAAGUUCAUCAGUGGCGUGCUUUCAGACCAGAUCAGUGCCCGUUGGCUCUUCUCUAUUGGCCUGUGCAUGGUGGGAGGUGUCAACGUGGUCUUCUCCUGGUCCUCCACUGUCACUGUCUUCUCUGCCCUGUGGUUCCUUAACGGCUUGGGCCAGGGCCUCGGCUGGCCUCCCUGCGGCAGAGUUCUGCGUAAGUGGUUUGAGCCCUCUCAGUUUGGGACAUGGUGGGCAGUUCUAUCCUGCAGCAUGAAUCUGGCUGGCAGCUUGGGCCCCAUUAUUGCCACGGUGCUGGCCGACAGUUACAGUUGGAGGACGAUACUGUCGGUAUCUGGAAUGAUUUGUGUGGCAUUCUCAUUUGUCUGUCUGGUAAUCAUCAAGAAUGAGCCUAAGGAGGUGGGGCUGCCCAAUAUAGAGGCAGGAGCCAAGAAGAGCAAAGGAGGAUCCUCCAGUGACGAAAGCACCCUGUCAGAGUUCCUGCUGUCACCCUACCUGUGGCUGCUCUCUGUGUCCUACCUGGUGGUGUUCGGGGUGAAGACGGCCUGCACCGACUGGGGCCAGCUGUUUCUCAUUCAGGACAAGGGCCAGUCUACACUCAUGGGUAGCUCAUACAUGAGUGCCCUGGAGGUUGGAGGUCUGUUGGGCAGUCUCGCAGCAGGUUUCCUCUCUGACAAGGCUGUGGCCAAACAAGGGAUGAGAAUAUAUGGCAACCCCCGGCAUUUCGUCCUGAUCUGGAUGAUGGCUGGAAUGUCUGUGUCCAUGUACCUGUUCAGAGUCACAGUUACUCCUGACAGCUCAAAGGUGUGGAUACUUUGUCUGGGUGCUGCUUUUGGUUUCUCCUCCUAUGGACCAAUAGCUUUGUUUGGAGUCAUAGCCAAUGAGAGUGCCCCAUCCAACUACUGUGGGACAUCACACGCCAUUGUUGCCCUGAUGGCCAACAUUGGUGGCUUCUUGUCAGGACUACCAUUCAGCACCAUUGCCAAGCACCACGGCUGGGAAAUGGCCUUCUGGGUCGCAGAGAUCACCUGUGGCGUCACCACUGUUGGUUUCUUCCUGCUGCGCAACAUCCGAACCAAGAUGGGUCACAUGUCCAAGAAGGCAGACUAAAACGUCAUCGCACCUGAUCCUCUGCACCCAGAGGGAAACUGGAUACUCUGAGCAGUCGUUGUGUUUUCAUAUUUUUCUUACUUGAUUUUUAUAUCACAGUAUUUUCUGUCAGUCUUACAGGACAAAUACAUAAAUGGAAGUUCUUCGAGGUUCAGCAAAGCUGUUUUGGAAGGUGCUUUUCUACCUACAGUAUUUACAGUCUAUAUGUCAUCAACAAGGGAAUGUAAAUGCUGCACAUUGUGUAUUUCAUGCAAUGAAAUGUGAACAAGAGAAAGGUUUUCUCUCAGAAGGCCACUUAAGUAUUUCAAUGUUAAAAGCACCAAACUAGAACCUGGUUUGGAAACUGGUAUAUUAUAUAAUAGUUGUUUAAAAAAAAUGACUUUGUAAUAUUGAAUCAUGAAUGGAAUUUCAAGACUUACUCGAUGCUCAUCUUUUAUGUAGAAAGAAAAUGUGAGGACUUCCUUUAUGAAAAGCAUCAUAGGCUUGAAUAAAUGAUACUUUGUUAUGUUUUGACUGUAA